UACUUUUAUUUUAGAUACCUGUACAUUGUUUUGCCGAAGAGGAAAUCUCCUUUAUGUUAAGGGUUUAGUAAAAGACGGGACAAAAUGUCUCCACGGUGCGGAAGAGGGUAACGACGUUUGCAUUGGUGGAAAGUGCAUGCCUGUCGGGUGCGAUUUCAACAUCGGAUCUGGCUUUUCAUUUGAUCGUUGUGGAGUUUGCAAUGGAGACAGCACCAAAUGCACUAAGGUGAUGCUCACCUACACUGAUGACUGGCGUGAGAAAGGAGUUGACAACGCGGACCUUAUGUGUGUGGUUCCCAAGGGAUCAAAAAAUAUAUGGGUGUUCGAAAAGGCUGCUGAUAAAAAUAAUAUCGGUGUACAAGAUGCCAAGAAAACCUACCUCAUAACACCGCCUAGAGCUACAAAGAUCAAUGCAGCUGGUAGCACAAUCACCUAUGGUAAAAAAUCUAACAAAGAAUUUGUGUAUAUUCCUGGACCAACUAACCAGCCCCUUAGAUUCAUGUUCGUGUAUAACAGGGGCAUAAACAAUGGAGCUGUUUGCAGUUACCUAAAAAAAAAGAAAUCAGUGAUUAGUUCAAGCGACGUUGAGUGGAUCAUUGAUGAGAAGACAGGAUGGUCAACGUGUUCUGAGGAUUGCGCUGGAGGAAAAAAAACUCGACAAGUAAAGUGCAAACGAAAGGAUGAUCAAUCAAUAGUUGCAGAUAAGAUCUGUGAAAAAGGUGCCGACAAACCACAAGAUGAGAUGCCGUGUAAUACUCAAGCUUGUACUCCAAGAUGGCACCUGACUGGAUGGAGCUCCUGUUCAAAGACAUGCGGACGUGGUGUAGUGACGCGUGAACUGUCCUGCAGAGAAAAAGUGAGUCAGGACCCAGAAGAAUACAAAACCGUGAGUGAAAGCAGCUGCAAGGAACCAAGACCAAAGGAGCUCCAGAGAGCUUGCUAUAAAGUAGCCUGUCCUGCUGAAUGGGUUCCUUCUCCAUGGGGAGAGGUAAAACCGUUGUCUGUUUGACGUGUUCUUAUACAUAUACAUUCUUCGAUAUUUUAUAGUAGUUAUAUAAUCUAAGAUAGUUUAGUUUAAUAUUUACACCCAAUUGCACAUUUUUCUGUGUUAUUUUUUUUUUCUCGGCGCACCUGUAAACUAGCUGGUGCGUCUUGUAGACUCUACUUAUCAAGGGUAUGGGCUGCACCGUUACCAUAGCUAAGUGUGUGUCCAAGUAAAAUAAACUCUCUCUGUCUGUCUAUGUCUAUGUGUUCUCAAUUUGUAUACAUGCAGGUAAUAAUCUGUAUUUUUGGUGCCAAAAGAACGAUACUGUCGAGUGAGUAAUAUUUCGGGUGCAGUUUGGGAAUGUCAUUUUUACUAAAAGUGUCAUUACUAAAGCCAAAAUUAGAAUUGACCGGAUGUUAAGCACUUAUACCACAGGGUUCCACUUAACAGAUGCAUGCCCCUUAGUAGGUGGGCACUUGAGAGGGAGAACCAAUACAUACAUACACUGUAGUAAUAAAGCUUUGAGUAACAUCUAAAGCCUGGGUCUGUAUUACCAACGUAAUGCAUACAUACAACCUUUAUAAAGACACGAUUACAUGGCAAAAGUUUCAGCUUGUGGGGUCGCGUACCAGCUAAAUAAAACAAAUAACAAUUAUCAAAGUUCAAUGUUUUGAUUUACAAUAAAAAGGAAAAAUC